ACUCUCUCUCUCUCUCUCUCUCUCUCUCUCUCUCUCUCUCUGUGAGCUGCUACGGCGAUGGCAACGCACAACGGCGACAUCCUGAUGCUGGAGGCGGCGCCUGAGGCCACGCGCCCUUGGGCGAGCGCGUCGAAUGCGGAGGUCAUCGACGCGCUUCCUUACAUCGAUGACGACUACGGCAAUCCUUUCGUGAAGGCGGAGGUCGACCGCUUGGUGGAGGAGGAGAUGCGUCGCAGUUCUAAGAAACCCGCUGAUUUCCUCAAGGAAUUGCCUCCUCUCCCCAAGUUAGAUUUCGAGAACUGCCCUAUCCUUAGCAAAGAGUAUGAGCGUGUCCGAGCGGGGAAACCACCUGUUAGAAUCGACUUUGAAUCACGGUACAAGUUCGAACUGCCACCUGCUAAUAAGAGAAACGAUGAUGCCGCCUUGAAACAGUCUCUUCAGAGGAAUCAACGUUCAUUGCAGCAGAAGAUGAUCGAACUUGAAAAUUUGGAGUUGAUGUCAAAAUAUGGUCCUGAGCUUUGGAGACACAACAACCAGCGUUUAGAAGUGUUCUUGUCCAGAAUGCAGAGACUUGCUCGAGAGCAGAACGAGAAAAUUGAAGCUGUAAACCGUGAAAGAAAAUACCAUCAGCAAACAACGGCCUAUGAGCUCCAUGCUCUGUCAGCGGAGUGGAGAGAGCUCUGUGUGAAGAAUAUGGAGAUCCAAACCGCUUGUGCGAUGCUCGAGAGUCAGGUUGAUGAUCUCAAAAGGGAAGCCGCUGAAAGGGGAUGGAAUUUGGAAGAGAAAUUAGAGAAUGGGGCCGCUGUUGCAUUAAGAGAGAGCAGUUAGAUUCUUCUUCACUUCUUCCUCUCAUCCAAACCCAAGUAUGGUACUCCCAACUCGGAUCUAUUUAGUUCGGAUUGUUUUCAUUCGGUUUAGUUCGUUUUCUAUCCAAAAACCAUACAAGUAAGUUCAAGUCCUUCAGAUGUUACA